CUAUAUGAAUUCAGCUAGAGAAGUGUAGUUAUAUUAUAUGGCUAUCAACAAGAUCUGGCAACAGCACUUGAAUAUACAGUUAUUGCAUAAAUAAAUAAUGUUAAAGUACGCGAUGUAAACCGAAAAAUGGGUGUUAUCUUCCCUGAGACAUCACAAUAUACUUUCGUGUCAUUGUCAGGCUUGGACGCUGCUACUUGACAGGUUCCUGAAGAUGUCUUCUCUGAAAAGUUACCAUAAUCCCGAUCCUUUGGUGCAGUAUUGUGUAAAUCAUUCAUUGAGAUUAACCGACGCGCAAAAACGACUGAAUGAUGUAACUCUGCAGCACCGUAGAGCGGCGAUGUUGGGGGCACCUGAGGUUCUGCAGCUCAAUGCCAACAUAAUGCAGGCUAUCGGGGCAAAGAAAGUACUAGACAUUGGGGUGUUCACAGGCGCCAGUUCACUCUCUGCUGCUCUGGCACUGCCUCCGAAUGGCAAGGUCUACGCCCUUGACAUAAGUGAAGAGUUUGCCAACAUAGGCAAACCGUUCUGGGAGGAAGCUGGAGUUAUCAACAAGAUCAGUCUGCACAUCGCUCCAGCUGCUGAGACUCUCCAGAAGUUCAUUGACGGCGGAGAAGCUGGCACCUUCGACUAUGCUUUCAUUGAUGCCGACAAAGGGAAUUAUGAGCUGUACUAUGAACUUUGCCUCACUCUCUUGCGCUCUGGUGGAGUCAUCGCCUUCGACAACACACUUUGGGAUGGAGCUGUGAUUGACCCCACUGAUCAAACCCCUGGCACAGUGGCUAUUAGGAAAAUUAACGAAAAACUGAGAGAUGACCAGAGAAUCAAUAUUUCCUUCCUGAAAAUUGGUGACGGCGUGACUCUAUGUUUUAAAAAAUGAAUAUUUUUUCCACCUGAUAGGCACACAUCUUCCGCAGUAGUAAAUUCAUGUUUCAGGAGAAUGCUGAUGACGUUGACAAUGAUUGGACAAUUUGACCCCCAAUACAGUACACGUAUGAAAUGUUUUUAAAUCAUUUGCCUGUCAUUUACUGCCCCAUCAUGCAGCGUGUGUCAAAAAACAUCGUCCAUUGUCACGGAUUUUACGGAUGAUCAUUAUAAAAACACAUUUGAGAGCGGGUGCACUGUACGUGUGAAUGCGUGAGUAUGGAUCUCAUUUCUCACAGAUGUUCCGUGGCAGGAUUUGAUCUAAAAUAAGACCUGCGACUAACUUUAAUUGUAGUUUUCAUCUGUUCAGUUGCAGCUUGUCAGAACUACUGCAUAUUACUAUCUUUUAUUGACCUAUAUGUAAAUGUAAGAACAACCACACGCACACUAUAUAUUCUCUGAAUAAAAAUCUACGUUCUC